AUGGUAUCACUCACCAUCGGAUAUGUCUCCGGCAUCAUCGCUGCGGCGGUCUUCGUUGUUCAGUUCCUAUUCCCCAACAUGUUGAUCAUUGUCCUGGUAGGCUGGCUGAAGAACGAACACAGCCUAGUCACCUGGUCGGUGGUGGAACGCAAUCUGUUGAGUUCCAACUGGCCUCUCUUCCUGGGUGCAGACUCGGCCGCAGGGACCGGAGUCGACCGGCGCAUCAGGCUGCUGACAUGGCUGAAGCCACUUGCGAUGGGUGUGGUAGCGGUCGCGGCGGUGGUGACUCCCCUGGGGCUUUACGACGACAUUGCUCCUUCGAAAGAACCCCAGCCCGUCCCCUUUGUGUACAUGGCAGACGCGGGCCCGAUGGGCUAUGGAACACCACCGCGCAGCGACCUGGGCUUCACCCGCAUUUGUGGCGCUACACUCCCUGUGCAGUGCCCCGGGACCACCGUCGCCAUCACAUACAGCGGCAACGACACUUACAUGGAAGCCAACAUCACCAACGACGACUACGACAUGCGCAUCCCUCGCGAGCUGGCCGAACUGUACCAGAGUGGUCUCGCCCAGCAACCUCAGUCCGUCUCGAGCUUUUUUGAUAUCCAGUCGCGUCAAUACUCGUUUCAGACACAAAAGGGUGCGCUGGGCACGCCGGGAGCCACAAGCGGUGGGGACAAAUACAUUGUUGACGCGUUCCGGUACCUGAUGAACAUGGUUCUGAAUGAUGCCAUCGAGCCCAUCGAGGGCCUUGUUGUCGACACUGUCACUGGAGGAGUCGGGUUUCGAAACCAUACCGUCCCUGCGCCCGGGGGUGCGACGUUAGGGGCCGAAUGGACUGAAGAUCUGCUCUGGAUCGAGCCCGAAACCGCUUGCGUCGACACCAACGUCUCAGUCGAGUUCAGCAUCACGUCCAACGGACUGUAUGGUAACGAGCUGGCCAAUAUUUCGCUGGUUGAUAAUGGCGGAUUUGCGAACCUUGUCCCAAAAUAUCCCCACGUCAACGUGACCAACUCGCAGGUCGACCCGGAUUUGCAGGGUCGAGCGUACAAGGCUGCUUGGAUGGUCAAUGCUUACACCAUGAUGGUAAUGAAUCUCACCCGGCCCAACCCCAAUGCCUUUGGAUACCUCAAUUCCAAGGUUGGCAACAAAUACCCGGUAACGUCUGACCAGACGAUGGGCGUGCGUCUGAAUGGCAUCUAUAUCACUAGCUCGUGGUUCUCGUUACUGGAUCCUGACGCAUACUUGUCCAAUUACACUCUUGCCGACGUUCCGACUGCAAAUUACUCCAACCCCUGGGGCAUCACGGCAUACAAUUACAGUGACAUCGCCUUGAUCUGUUCAGGUGCAGGAGCCAAAGACCUUGCGAACCUCACCAAUAUCCAUGUGGCCUGCGGCCUGGUCUUUGGAGCCGCACGGCGUCUGGAUGGUUCCAAGAGUCUAGUGCUCGAGCCGGAUACUUGGUGGACGCAACCCGUGUAUAGCUGCGCUUCCGCCAUGAAAGCCAGUAUCAAGCAAGUCCGUUUUCGAUACAAUGCCACCGAGUUGACUGGCGAUACGCUGAAGGCCUUGACCGUGACCAAUGUGACUGACAAGAUGUAUCCCGAUCAAAAGUCCAUGCCACUCUGGGGUGUGGAAUCGCCAGCCCUUGAGCUGGCCGAUGUGCCCCAGCUAUGGGGUCUUAUCUCGCCCGAGCGCGAAGAUUCGGUCAAUCUUUCGACCAUUCGAAGCCCACGGCUCUAUCUGCCCGGCUUUGCAGGGGUACUAACAGGCACCAGCCCGGGUCAGGAGAACCUGCCUGCGGCGGAUGGCCUGACAGAUGUGCUGGCCGGCGUGUAUCAAGGAUCGUCGAGCACUGGUGACAUGGCUGACUAUACGGGAACGGCGAACAUGGCUAUGUAUGCGAGGUGGCGGGACCUCUCGAGUUCAGCUACGACAAUGAAGAAGAUCCCCAAUUUUAUAUGGACCGACCUGGCCGCAAACAUGCUGAUUGGCACUCGAAGCUGGAUAUCAGGCUCCGACUUACCAGGGAACCUCCAAAAACGUGACGGGGUCGGAAACAAUAAUAACACCGCCACCGAGGAGCAUCAGGCAACCGUUCCAGUGACCCUGUAUGAGCGGCGAAUACGGUACCACUGGACCUUUGCCAUCCCGGCGUUUGUGGCAUUGGCUUUGUUUCUCCUGGUGCUGUCGGCGACAGUGAUUGCCAUGCUUUCGAGACGAGGAGUGCCGGAGAAAGUCCGACAUUACCUCCACCAUUUGUCGUCAGGACGCUUACUAGGCAUCCUCCAAUACCCAGAUGAAAGGGGCAGCUUGGCCCCAACCAAAGAAUGGAUUGCCCGUGUUGGGACGAAACCUGGUGAUUUGAACAAAUGUGCUCGAGACAGCGAUGUUGACCUUGCGGCUUCACCUUCCGAUUACCAACAUCAUGGUAUGAUCAUGCCUGAGAAACAAGACAGUGUGGCUGACACCAGCGAAGUGCGACCUGAUGGCAAGGAAGAGACAGAUGAUCAUGGGUCAAGGGGUGGCUAUAUGCGGGUGCCUAAUAAUGCAGGCGAAUCCUGCGAUGACCGGAGAGAAAUGUAA